UAACCAUAUAUAAUGAUUUAUUUCAAUCAAUUCUUCAGUGUUACUGGCAAAAUGAGGGAGGUAACUUUAGUUCUAUUAGUGUUUUCUAUAGCUGGAAUCUCAGGAUUCUUAAUAAAAAUUCCGACAAAAUCAAUACAACCUAAACACGAUGUCUCAGGAUAUAUCCACAUACAAAAGUUGAUGUUACUCUUAUUUGAUAAUAUUUGUGAAGAAAGUAGUGAUCCUAUUAUUAUGAGAUUUGCACAAGAAUUCACACUGGAUAAACCUGAAGACUAUACGGAUUCCAAUGUCAUCGCAGACUUGCAGAAUCUUCAAUCAGGAAAUGGACUUUUAUCCAAAAAUGAAAUAUUUUCCGAAUACAAUAUUGAACAUCGAAAUGAACUUAAAAUAAUUUAUGCUGUAAUGCUACAUGCGAAAAAUUUUGAUACGUUUUUUAAAACUGCAGCGUGGGCUCGUCAAAAUACGAAUUGCGGAUUAUUCAUUGAUGCUAUAUAUUUAACAAUUUUUACAAGACAUGAUUUAUCGAAUCUUUCAAUAACUGCUCCUUACGAAUUGUUGCCAAAUUAUUUCAUUCGUAAAGAUAUCAUUAUCAAAGCAUCGUCAUUACUGACAGAUGAAGAUUUUACACUAACUGAAGACGUAAAAGAUGAAGGAAAUGCAUAUAUUUUGGACGCUAAUUAUACUGCUGACAUAAACGACGAUGAAGAUUCUAAGUUAGCAUAUUUUCGUGAAGAUAUAGCUUUAAAUUCUUUUUAUUUCUUUGAUAAACUUAAUACUAUGUUUUUGUUUAAAUCAAAUGAAGAUAACACAUAUGGAGACUAUAUGUAUCAAUCGAUGAAACAAUUAGUUGCUAGAUAUGACUUAGAAAGAUAUGCUAACGGGUUACCAGAAUUAGAAAGUCUUAAUUGGAAUUCUGCCGUUGAUACAUACGAUCCUAUGUUAAUUUAUUCAACUGGAGAUGAUUUUGCCCAUAGAACAAUACCUAUUGAUUUACCAUCAGUAAGUGAAGGUAUAGAGUUUCUACAAAAUAUUGAGGCUAAUAUAAAAAAUGUAGUUACACAUUUGAAACAAACUGGAUAUAACAAAACUCAAAUAAUAAACCAUUUGAUGGAAAUAUUUGUUAUUGGAGAGAAAAGCUACGAAACUUUAGCAAGACAGCGCUUAGGAUACGAUGUAACAAAUAAUAUCAGACAAUAUUCUGUAUUAGACCAUUUUCUUUCAUCGCUACGAGACCCUGUAUUCUGGAAACUAAAUAAAAAAAUAGUAGAGCUGAUUGACAGCUCAUUGAAAGUAUUCCCAAGUUAUUCAAGAAAUGAAGUAUACUUUCCUGGUGUUGAAAUUUUAAAUAUAGAAACGAAGAAAAUGAUAACUCUAUUUGAUGACUAUCAAUUUGAUGUUACUGAUUCCUUAAAAUCCAAAACUAACAAUAAAACUUUCCAAGUAAAGAUAAAUCAACAAAGAUUAAACCACAAACCAUUCGUCAUUAAACUUAAUAUCUCCUCUCUUGAGGCACAAAAAGGAUUAGUUAAAAUAUAUUUGGGUCCUAAAAUGUUACCAGGUGAAUUUAUUAUAAAUAAAAAUAGAUUUGUAUUACUUGAUUGUUAUGAUGUAAAUCUCAAAAAAGGAAUUAACUUGCUUUCACGAUCAUCAAAAGAAAUAAAAAGUUUUUCCGGUGACUUUGUAUCUAUUCGUUUCUUACGUAAGAGUAUAGAAGACGCUGAAUUUGGUUUAGAUGCAUUACCGAUGAAAGCUGUUGGUUUACAAAUUGGCUAUCCAGAUCGUUUAAUCUUACCUAAAGGUUCAUCCAAUGGACUUCCAACACAAAUAUUCGCAUUCAUCGCUCCAUUAACAAAAGUUACUUCUAGUAGUUCAUCUUCUUAUACUAUCAAUAACGAAUUUAAUACUGCUAUACUGUCUCCUGGAUAUCCAUUUGAUUUAGCUACUGAUGAUUACCAAUUGUUUAGUCUUCCAAAUGCAAUGACUAAAGAAAUUAUUAUAUCUCAUAAAGGAAGUAAUGAAAACUAUGAUAGUAUUAAUGGUAAUAAGAAGUGGGAUAAUAACAAAUAUUCUAAUUAUUAUUCCAAAAAGGACUUGGAAGACAGAGAAUAUAAAGAAAAAUCAAAAUAUGAAUAUGAUGAUGUGAAUAAGCUUGAUAACAUCGAAUCAAAUACUCAUAGUAUGUUAAAAUUACAACCUGACUUUACAAAAAGGAAGCAACCACAAAGUACUGACUAUAGUUCGAAAAGAGAUCAAUAUGGACAAAGAAUAGAUUAUUCGUAUAGCAGAGACAAAUUUAACCCCGAAAAUAAAGGUAUAAGCAUGAAAAAUAAUCAAUCAAUCUACAACAAAAAAAAUAUUUUUGAUUACAGAUCUAAAAAAAAUUUGUAUGAUAAAGAUGUUCGUUUUCCAAAAACAUACACUAACUAUGAAAGUAAUGAAAAUGAAGAAAAUAAAUCUAUCUCCGAAACAACUGCUAAAAAUAUUCCUACAAUAGUAUUAAACAAGGAUAUUAUUGAAGACAUAACAGACAAUAAAGAUGUUAUAUUGGAAGAUAAGGAUAUUACGAGCACAAAUUCUAAAGGAAUUAAAGAUGACAUUACAAGUAAAGAUUCCUUAACUCACAUUGAAGAAUCUCCACAAAAUAGUGUUUGGAAAUUUUUUUAUUAUAUAUUGCAUUCUUUUGAUUUUAUACACCCUGAAAAAAUUUAUGAAUAAAUUUGAUUAUAUUAAAUUAGAUAUUAAUAACAUAUUAAUAUUAACUAAGUAUAUUAAAAUCAAUACAUAAAU